UUAUUUCACUGAAUUAGAAAAGAAAAGAAAAAAAAAGGAAGAAUAUUUGUUGAAGUGGAAAAUAAAAGUCGAGAAAAAAGGGAGGCGGAAGAAUCGCUUCGUACAUAAGCCAUCGAAAAAAAUUCAAUACAUUCCCCCCAUAUUUUUUAUACAUAUACACACAGUUCUUCGUCUCGAAGAUUUUUAAUUAAUUAAUUAAUGUAUUCUUAGAUUACAGAAGCAAAUUAUUGCGAUUGGAAGAGGCAACGGCCAUGGCUGAAUUCAGCAGCGAUUCCGUUUGCCUCGAUGUUGAAACGAUUUAUCUCGGCGGAAAGGAGCACAUUGUACGAACGGGUAGUGGUUCUGUAUCUGUUAUUGUUUAUGGAGAUCCAGAUAAGCCAGCUCUCGUCACUUACCCUGAUUUAGCUUUAAACCAUAUGUCUUGUUUUCAAGGGUUGUUCUUUUGUCCAGAAGCAGCAGCUUUGCUACUUCACAAUUUCUGCGUUUACCAUAUCAGUCCUCCUGGUCACGAGUUGGGAGCUUCUGCAAUUUGUGAUAGCAAUCCUGUGCCGAGUGUUGAUGAUUUAGCAGAUCAAAUUCUUGAGGUGCUCAAUUAUUUUAGGCUUGGUGCAGUUAUGUGCAUGGGUGCAAUGGCUGGUGCUUACAUCCUUACCUUGUUUACCAUGAAAUAUAGGGAGCGAGUUGUCGGUUUGAUCCUCGUUUCUCCUUUGUGCAAAGCACCAUCUUGGACAGAAUGGCUCUGUAACAAGGUGAUGUCAAAUUUGUUGUAUUAUUAUGGUAUGUGUAGCGUCCUGAAGGAAUGUUUACUAUACCGAUAUUUUAGCAAGGAAGUUCGUGGCAAUGCCGAAGUUCCAGAAUCAGAUAUAGUUGAAGCGUGCAGAAGACUGCUAGACGAGAGGCAGAGCAUAAAUGUGCUACGUUUUCUUCAAGCAAUAGAUAGGAGACCCGACAUAACUAGUGGUUUGAAGAAACUAAAGUGUCGAACGCUAGUAUUUGUGGGUGACAAUUCUCCGUUUCAUUCAGAUGCACUCGAUAUGAUUGCUAAACUGGACAGAAGAUACAGCGCCUUAGUUGAGGUACAAGGUUGUGGUUCGAUGGUGACCGAAGAGCAGCCACAAGCAAUGUUGACUUCGAUGGAGUAUUUUCUGAUGGGGUUUGGUCUACAUAGACCGAAUCAGUUUAGUGGCAGCCCAAGGAGUCCACUCAGCCCUACUUGUAUUUCGCCUGAACUUUUUUCUCCGGAAAGUAUGGGAUUGAAGCUAAAACCGAUCAAGACUCGCCUUUCGUCGCAAAGAUAAUUACUUUAUUUCUUAGUUUAUUUUUGCUUCUGUAGAUUGGAGACAUAAUUUUUUUUUUAAAAUUUCAUUUAUUUGUGAAAAUGAGUAAGAGGGGUGGGUGUGUUUAGAUAGGAGAAGGAAAUUCUUUAUUGGACAUAAUAUUGUGGGGGGUAGUUUGGUCAUUAGAGUUAUUUCUUGAUUUGUUUCUCUAUUUGUAAAUCUUGGAGCUGACAUUUAUGAAUAAUGGAGAGCAAGUGAGCUGACAUUUAUUAAUAAUUCUUUUAUUUUAUAAU